AUGGAGCUCUUUUAUAUGUUUUGCCCACCUUUGUUUCUGGUUCUUUCCUUGAAAUAUUCAAUGGCCGCCCCUGCUCUUUUUGCAUUGCCACGUACAUCCAGCUGGAGAGACUUCUAUAUUGCACAGGACUACCUUGACAAGUAUUACACGCCGAAAGGAGAACACAAGGUUGGAGAAAUGGCAGCGGAUGGCGAUUCGAUGACGAAGAAAGUUCAGCAAAUGCAGGCAUUCUUUGGCUUGCAAGUGACUGGGAAGCUGGACUAUAGCACCAUGAGUGUCAUCAAGAGGCCUCGGUGCGGUGUCCCUGACGUUGCAAAUUAUCGCCUCUUCCCAGGAGAACCUAAGUGGGAGAAAAAAACGUUGACAUACAGAGUAUCCAAAUAUACAUCCACCCUGAGUCAUGCAGAAGUGGACAAGGCCGUUGAGAUGGGGCUGAAAGCAUGGAGUAAUGCAGCCCCACUGAACUUCGUCAAGGCAAACGCGGGAGAAGCAGACAUCAUGAUUUCCUUUCAAAGUGGAGAUCAUGGGGACUCUUACCCAUUUGAUGGGCCACGGGGGACUCUAGCACAUGCUUUCGCACCUGGAGAAGGACUGGGCGGAGACACCCAUUUUGAUAACGCUGAGAAGUGGACGAUGGGGAUGAAUGGAUUUAACUUAUUCACUGUUGCUGCUCAUGAAUUUGGCCAUGCGCUGGGCCUUGCCCAUUCCACUGACCCGUCAGCUUUAAUGUAUCCCACAUACAAAUACCAACAUCCCUUUGGCUUCCGUCUCCCCAAAGAUGAUGUGAAAGGAAUCCAGGCACUAUACGAGCUUCUUUUCUUCAAGGACAGGAUCUUCUGGAGGAGACAAGCUCAACUAAAAAGCGUGCGGCCUCUCUCCAUCACAUCAAACGUAGAUGCUGCCUAUGAAGUACCUGAGAGAGGAGUUGCUUAUUUUUUCAAGGGACCUCACUACUGGGCAACUCGCGGGUUCCAGAUUCAGGGGCCCCCUCGGACCAUUGCAGAUUUUGGGUUUCCCAGGAAUGUGCAGCACAUAGAUGCAGCUGUCUAUCUGAAGGAUGAAAGGAAGACACUCUUCUUUGUAGGAGAGGAAUUCUACAGCUUUGAUGAAGCCAAAAGAGCAAUGGAGAAGGACUUCCCAAGGAGCACUGAGGAUGAAUUUUCUGGAAUCAAUGGCAGAAUAGAUGCGGCAGUGGAGGUGAACGGAUUCAUUUAUUUCUUUCUGGGACCUAAAGCCUAUAAAUAUGACAAAGAAAAGGAAGAUGUUGUGAACGUUGUAAAAUCCAGCUCCUGGGUUGGUUGCUGA